AUGCCACUAGCCAGCUUACCCCGCGAGCUUCUCUGCGCUAUAGCCCAGCACCUGCACGCAGAAAGCGAUCUCAACGCAUUUGCGCGAACCAAUCGUCUCCUCUACCACCUUACGAACUCAUACCUCUACGACCACAACAUACGAUGCUCCAACGACUCUGCGCUACUGUGGGCAGCUGCGCAUGGACAAGAACGCACAGUGUGCAAGCUACUAGAG